AUGGCGUCGACUGUCCGCACAGUAGAAGGGGCCAGCGGAGGCGACAUUGAAAAUAAUGUGAACGGAAGCCAAAAAAGGGACCCAUAUGUUGAAAAGUGCGGGGAAGUUUCAUAUAGGCUAUCCACGGUUGAGGUGCUAGCAGCGACGGAUGGUGUGGCGGACAGCGAUGUGGACUUCGAGUUGGAACGACUAGGCUGGGUUGGUGGUUCGGAUUUCGGGACCUUGCCGUUUUUGCAUUUUAUGCUGCCACCUGCAGAUUGGCUCCUUAUUGCACCAGCGCCACGGUGGUCAUGGCCGUGA